AUGGCCACAACGGCGACAACGACGGCGACGGUGACGGCGCCGGCGGCCACAGCCAACUUCGUACCUACACCAACGCCUCCGCAUCCACGCCCCGCCGCGCCACCUGCUCUCCGGGCGCCUUCCACCUUGGGUCCUGUCAAGUCAGAGGCCCCUCCCACCCCCUCGUCCUCUACCGCCACCACCGCCGCGGCCGCAGCCGCCGUAGCGGAGGAUCCAUCCUACAUCAUCACCGUCCCUAGUUAUUCAGCGUGGUUCUCGUUCGACUCCAUCCACGACACGGAGCGCCGCCUCCUGCCGGAGUUCUUCGAGGGAGAGGCCGCGGCGGCGUCCGGGUGCCGGGGCCCGCACGCGUACAAGUAUUACCGCGACUCCCUGAUACGGAGGUUCCGGGCGCGGCCGGGUCGACGGCUCACACUCACGGAAGCCAGGAGGGGGCUUGUUGGUGACGUCGGCUCAGUCCGCCGCGUCUUCGACUUCCUUGAGGAAUGGGGGCUCAUCAACUACGGUGCUUUGCCAUCGGGGUCAAAGCAAGCGAAAGAGAAGAGGGAAGAGGCUGCGCAACAGUCAACGUUGCCUUCUGGGGCAACUGUACCCAGGAAGCUCUGUACUGGAUGCCGCACCGUGUGUGGGCUUGCUUACUUCGCCUGCGACAAGGCAGAUAUAAGUCUUUGUACUAGAUGCUAUGUAAAUAAUAACUACCGGCCGGGUCUGUCUCCUGCUAACUUCAAGAGAGUUGAAAUUACUGAAGAUUCAAAAGCAGAUUGGACAGACAAAGAAACUCUUCACUUGCUUGAGGCUGUCUUGCAUUAUGGCGAAGACUGGAAAAAGGUGUCUGAACAUGUUGGUAGUCGGUCAGAAAAAGACUGUAUUGCAAGAUUUAUACGGUUACCUUUCGGAGAACAGUUCAUGGGACCCAGGGAGGAUAGAAUGGGAUUUGAGAACAAUGAUGACAAUACUGAUGAGCCUGGAGCAGAUGUCUCAAAACGACUACAUCUCACUCCACUAGCAGAUGCAAGCAAUCCGAUUAUGGCUCAGGUUGCAUUUUUAUCAGCUAUUGUGGGUCCCGAUGUUGCCUCAGCUGCAGCGCAAGCAGCUAUUUCUGCACAAUCCCGUGUUGACCUAAAUGACAGCGAGAUUGAAACUUCAAUAAAUAGCACCAAGGAAGAAGAAUCAUCUCACACAAAUGGGCUCUCAGUCAACGAUUUACUGAAAGAGGCGGCUGCUAAUGCACGGGCACAACUUGAGAAGGAACGAAACAGCAUAGAGCAAUCUUUAUCAAACAUAGUAGAUGUCCAGAUGAUGGAAAUCCAAGAUAAAAUAUGCCGGUUUGAACAGAAGGAGAUGCUGAUGGAGAAAGAGCGACAGCAGCUGAAUUGUCUAAGGGAUAUACUUUUCACAGAUCAAUUGGCAGUUAUGCAACAUCAACAAAGGACUCCAGCUGUAGUCACAGAGUGCAAAGGUGAUGAGAAGCCAAAGCCCCUGGCAAACAUGAGUUGA